AUGUUGCGUCUGCUGCAGCCAGCGCCACGCAGGGGGCUUCGGUCCCUCGUGGCUGCCUGGGGAGCCCGGCGCGGCUCACCGGCUCCUCUGGCCGGCGCAGGCAUGGCGGAGCAGGCGCUCUCCGAGCCCGGCGAGCCGGGCGGCUCCCCUCCACCCGUGAAGCGGCGGCGGCGGCGGCUGUUGCCGGAGAAGAGGGCCGGCCUGCCGGAGGAGGGCGAGAAGCGGUACGUGCCGCCGCCCAAGAAGCGGAAUCCCGGCAUCAGCUUCGGCGAGGCUCAUUUCGCCGAGACCAGCUACUAUUUCGAGGGGGGCCUGCGGAAGGUGCGGCCCUACUACUUCGACUUCCAGACCUACUGCAAGGGCCGCUGGCUGGGCAAGAGCCUCCGGGACGUCUUCAGCGACGAGUUCCGCGCCCAGUCCCUCGAGUACUACCGAGCCGCGGCCAGCGCCGGCCGACUCCGCCUCAACCAGCAACCCGUCCGGGACCUCAGCGUCGUCCUCAAGAAUAAUGACUUUCUGCAAAACAAAGUACAUCGCCACGAACCCCCAGUCACAGCACAGCCGAUUGAGUUUCUGGAAGAAAAUGAGGAGGUGGUGGUUGUGGACAAGCCCUCAUCCUUACCUGUCCAUCCAUGUGGCAGAUUUCGGCACAACACUGUCAUCUUCAUCUUGGGUAAAGAGCAUAACCUAAAGGAGCUGCACACGAUUCAUCGGCUUGAUCGCUUGACCUCAGGUGUCCUUAUGUUUGCCAAAUCUGCAGAAGUGUCCAAGCGGAUUGAUGAGCAAGUUCGAGAACGACAGCUGAAGAAGGAAUAUGUGUGCCGUGUACUUGGAGAGUUUCCAGAAACUGAGACGACCUGUGAAGAACCCAUCCUGGUUGUUUCCUAUAAAGUGGGGUUGUGUCGAGUGGACCCCAAGGGUAAACCCUGCAAAACGGUCUUCCAGAGGCUCAGUUACAAUGGCAAGACUAGUGUGCUGAAGUGUUUUCCGUACACCGGGCGUACCCACCAGAUUCGUGUCCAUCUGCAGUUUCUGGGGCACCCUAUCAUCAAUGAUCCCAUCUACAACACAGAUGUCUGGGGACCUGCAAAAGGUAAAGGUGGCAGUAUUAACAAAACAGAUGAAGAGCUGCUUCAGGCAUUGGUGGAGGAACACCUUUUGAAAGAGAGUGGGUGUAUCUUGGACAUCGCUGAGGAAGAUCUGGAACCAGUUGUGGGAGGUAAAGGACAUGGUAGUCCAGGGAAUUGUGUGAAGCCUGCACAGGUCAGCUUGGUAAGCACCAAUUUUUGUGGAACUGAAGAAUCAAAGAGCAAAAGUGAAGGUGGAACAUCGGUGUGUCCUCAGAAUUCUGCCCUCCAGUUACAGGCUCAUGAGUCAGAGAGUGGAGAAGCUCACUCAAGCGAGCACCAGGAUGAAAAGGAUCAUUUAUGUAAAGAAUGCAAAAUAGUGAGGCCGGACCCAUCACCCAAAGAACUUGUGAUGUAUCUCCAUGCCUUGCGCUACAAAGGGGCAGACUUUGAUUAUUGCUCCAAGAUGCCUGAAUGGGCACAGGACAACUGGGAAGAGACCUGAGAUUAUAAUAUUUUAUAAAGCCUUAAGUUUGUAUAUGGCAAGAAUU